GCCGUCACACACCAACGAAAUAAAAUAAAUAAAAAUAGCCGACGAAACCCUUUGGAAACCAUGGAGCUUACCCAUUUCCACGUACGCGAGAGCGACCAGACUGUUUGAGCAGCUGGCCAGAGUGCCGGCUGCACGAUCCAACGCCCGCGGGAAACCCACUCCGUCGGAUCUCCAGAACAGAACACCUCCAAACGCCAGACGCACCACACGCACAUCUGGCCACCGAAACCGAUUGUAAACAAACCGCGAUAUGGUAAUUAGCCGAUUCUGAUUUCGUGUGUGCAAAUCAUGCAAAAACUAGUUUUGAGCACUGCGCCGGUUGUUGAACUCUUGACACUUGACUGAGAAUAGAUAGAUAAUCGCCCGAGGGUUCAAUAAGAAUCGGCGAAUCGGUCGAGUCAGCACCACAGGGAAUUCAAUACGAGAGAAUCAACGAAACGCGCCACAUGUAUGUCUACAAGAUGGGUCGAGUUCCGGAGCUGGUUAUAUGCUCCUUCAUCGUGGGCAGCCUGCUGGUCAUACACUUCUUCUCGGAUCUGCUGAGAGCCUCUUUGGGCGGCUACUACAACAAGGAUGUGACCCUUUCCCAGCUGGUCGAGUCCCAGAGCUCCGAUUACGCCUGGUUUCUCAAGCUCCUGGUCAAUUGCUUUGGCUACAGCUGCGUCUUUGUGCCGGGCUACUUGAUCUACAAGUAUGUGGGUAGGAUCAACUACCUGGAGAGGGGCAACAAGACUUUCCUGCACAGGGCUAUCAACAUGUGCAUUACGGGCAACUCUGGAUAUGAUCAACUGGAUGGUGGAGGAAGUUCCGCGGACAAGGAACGUCCGGCGGCAUCUGCACCCGCCAAGCGAACAAGUUCCCAGGAGGCAGUGCAGCUUUUUUGGUGCUUUGGCGGCCUGAUGAUCUCCUACCUCACCUGGGGCGUGCUACAAGAGAAGAUAAUGACGCAGCACUAUCUUAACUUCGCAGGAGAACGUGCCAAGUUCAAGGACUCUCAGUUUUUGGUGUUCUCCAACCGAUUGCUGGCCUUCCUCGUGGCCCUGGCUUAUCUGCAGUGGCAGCCCUCGCCUGUGCGUCAUCGGGCACCGCUGUACAAGUACUCCUAUGCCUCCUUCUCGAACAUAAUGAGCGCCUGGUUCCAGUACGAGGCCCUAAAGUUCGUCAACUUUCCCACCCAGGUACUGGCCAAGUCCUGCAAAAUCAUACCCGUGAUGCUGAUGGGCAAACUCAUGUCCAAGGCCAAGUACGAGAGCUACGAGUAUGUGACUGCCCUACUCAUCUCAUUGGGUAUGAUAUUCUUCAUGAGCGGCUCCUCGGACAGCAGCAAAGCCAGCGGAGUGACCACGCUCACGGGCAUCUUUCUGCUCUCCAUGUACAUGGUCUUCGACAGCUUCACCGCCAACUGGCAGGGAUCGCUCUUCAAGGGCUACGGCAUGACACCGCUGCAGAUGAUGUGCGGCGUGAACCUGUUCUCCUCCAUCUUCACUGGAGCCUCGCUGUCGAUGCAGGGCGGAUUCAUGGAUUCUUUGGCAUUUGCCACAGAGCAUCCAAAGUUCGUGUUUGACAUGGUAGUGCUUUCUGUUUGCUCAGCGGUUGGGCAAUUGUUUAUCUAUCACACAAUUGAUGUCUUCGGCCCAGUUGUGUUUACCAUUAUAAUGACGCUGCGUCAGGCCGUGGCCAUCAUGCUCUCCUGCUUCAUCUACCAGCACAGCAUUUCGCUGCUGGGCAUCUUUGGUGUUCUGAUCGUCUUCGUGGCCAUCUUCCUGAGGGUCUACUGCACCCAGCGCUUGAGAGCCAUACGCAAACGGGCCGAGGCUAACAAACCCAAAAUGGCUGUUUAAAAAAGGGACGUGGACAUGCCUCAAAUACAACGCACAGACUUCCUAGCUCAGCCUAAUUAUUGUACUGAUAGUAGCUCAUGGUAGAUUCCACAUCCGCAUGUCAAAGAGAGGCUGCUUGGACACCCUAAAAGUUGUACAGUUUUGUUUUCCUAGUUCUAAGUUGAAUGUAUACUUAUACUAACCGUAAGCGUAGACGCCUAACGAUUGAUUUGUGUGCUUAAAUAAACUUUUUAUAUAUAUAGGUACCGCAAAAGUUUAGUUUUUAAUAGGAAAUUGAAUUUCUUAGUCUAGUUAUAAUAUUUGAAUUGUUUUAAUAAGUCAGACUACUAACUUUGCUAUGUUAACUCAUUUGUGAGAAUUCACGUUCGUUUUGUUUAUGUGGUUAAAAACCAUUUUUGGUAAAUUGUUCAUCUUUAAACAGCUUAACAAUGUCUUGAUUUCACUUAGCCAAAUUUGAUUAUCGAUUCCAAAAUUGAUGAUAUGAUUCAUGAUUUUGUUUCGUUUUGA